AUGAAGAAGAUCUUCAUUACACUCCUAUGGCUUCUCUUCGUCAGCUCAUUUCUAUCUUCUUCUUCUGCGGAAGACGACGUUCUCUGUCUCCAAGGUCUCAAGAAUUCACUCACCGACCCUUCAUCUCGACUCACUUCCUGGUCAUUCCCAAACUCUUCAGCCUCAUCGAUUUGCAAGCUCACUGGCGUUUCCUGCUGGAACGAGAAGGAGAAUCGCAUUAUUUCUCUUCAGCUCCAAUCGAUGCAGCUCGCCGGUCAGAUUCCCGAGUCGCUCAAGCUCUGUCACAGCUUACAGUCACUGGAUCUCUCCGGAAACGAUCUCUCCGGCUCGAUUCCUUCCCAAAUCUGCUCGUGGCUUCCGUAUCUCGUCACGUUAGAUCUGUCCGGGAACAGACUCUCCGGCUCGAUCCCGACUCAGAUCGUGGAGUGUAAGUUCCUAAACGCUCUAGUUCUUAGCGACAACAAGCUCUCCGGUUCGAUUCCUUCCCAAUUGAGCCGGUUAGAUCGGCUCAGGCGUCUUUCCCUCGACCGGAACGAUCUCUCCGGUACGAUUCCUUCCGAGCUCUCUCGAUUCGGAGAAGACGAUUUCAGCGGCAACAACGGACUCUGCGGGAAGCCUUUAUCCGGAUGCGGCGCGUUGAACGGGAGGAACCUAACAAUCAUCAUUGUCGCCGGAGUUCUCGGCGCUGUCGGGUCGUUGUGUGUGGGAUUAGCCAUUUUCUGGUGGUUCUUUAUCAGAGAAGGUAGCAGGAAGAAGAAAGGCUACGGCGCCGGAAAAUCCAAAGACGAUAGUGAUUGGAUUGGUUUGCUGAGGUCGCACAAGCUUGUUCAGGUGACUUUGUUUCAGAAACCAAUCGUGAAGAUCAAGCUGGGUGAUUUAAUGGCUGCAACAAACAGUUUCAGUUCAGGGAACAUCGACGUCUCAUCAAGAACCGGUGUCUCGUACAAAGCUGAUUUGCCUGAUGGGUCUGCGCUUGCGGUUAAGAGGCUUAGCGCUUGUGGGUUUGGCGAGAAACAGUUUAGGUCGGAGAUGAACAGGUUAGGUGAGCUUAGGCAUCCGAAUCUGGUGCCGCUUUUAGGUUUCUGCGUUGUUGAAGACGAGAGGCUUUUGGUGUAUAAGCACAUGCCUAAUGGCACAUUGUUCUCUCAGUUGCACAACGGUGGUUUGUGUGAUGCUGUUUUGGAUUGGCCUACUCGGCUUAUGAUCGGCGUGGGAGCAGCUAGAGGGCUAGCUUGGCUGCACCAUGGAUGCCAACCUCCGUAUUUGCAUCAGUUCAUUAGCUCCAAUGUCAUACUUCUUGAUGAUGACUUUGACGCUCGGAUCACGGAUUACGGUUUAGCCAGGCUAGUUGGUUCUCGGGACUCGAACGAUAGCUCGUUUAAUAACGGGGAUUUAGGGGAGUUAGGCUACGUGGCGCCUGAGUACUCGAGCACGAUGGUUGCGUCUUUGAAAGGAGAUGUGUAUGGGUUUGGGAUUGUGCUUCUUGAGUUGGUCACAGGGCAAAAGCCUUUGUCUGUGAUAAAUGGCGUGGAAGGUUUUAAAGGGAGUUUAGUAGACUGGGUGAGUCAGUAUUUGGGUAAUGGUAGAAGCAAAGACGCUAUUGAUAGAAGCAUAUGUGGUAAAGGACACGACGAGGAGAUAUUGCAGUUCUUGAAAAUCGCGUGUAGCUGCGUCGUGUCGAGACCUAAGGAAAGGCCAACGAUGGUUCAGGUGUAUGAAUCUUUGAAGAACAUGGCGGAUAAACACGGUGUUUCUGAGCAUUACGAUGAGUUCCCACUGGUCUUUAACAAACAAGAAGCUUGA